GAUUUACGUCGGUUCCGGGAGACGCGUUGGCAAUUUCCUAAACACACAGCUCCGUCACUUUAGUAUCGUCCGAGGCCGGAGCAGGGUGAGAGGAAAGGGAGUGUGUGUUGGAUGUAACGCCGGCUGGAGGACGAGCUGCUGACACAGAAGACUGCCGGACACCGAUUUGACAUGAGCAGGGUGCUCUGACAUGGACAAAGAGAUGAUUCCCAAAUUUUCGUCAAAGGAUGAGGAAGUUGACUACUGGAAGUCCCAAGCCCUCAAAUAUAAGAAAAGUUGCCAUGAAGCCCAGGAGGAGCUGCAGGAGUUCCAGGAAGGGAGCCGUGAGCUGGAAGCAGAGUUGGAGGCGCAGCUUGGCCAGGCUGAACAUCGCCUCCGAGACCUCCAAAGUGAAAAUGAGAGACUGAAGAACGAGAUGGGCAGCCUCAAGGAGAAGCUGGAGCAGCAGUAUGCCCAGAGUUAUAAACAGAUUUCUAUGCUAGAGGAUGACCUGGGACAGACUCGCAGCAUCAAGGAGCAGCUCCACAAAUACGUCCGAGAGCUUGAGCAGGCCAACGAUGACCUGGAGAGAGCCAAAAGGGCAACAAUAGUGUCUCUCGAGGACUUUGAGGGCCGUUUAAACCAGGCCAUCGAGAGAAACGCCUUCCUGGAGAGCGAGCUGGAUGAGAAAGAGUCUCUUCUGGUGUCAGUGCAGCGGCUUAAAGAUGAAGCACGAGACCUGAGACAGGAGCUGGCGGUACGGGAGCGGACAACGGACAGGAUGUCUGCACCCAGCUCACCCACCUUAGACAUCGACAAGAUGGAUUCUGCAGUGCAGGCGUCUUUAUCGCUCCCAGCCACACCUGUAGGAAAGAGCAUAGAGCACCCUUUCAUCAGCCCAAAAGCAUUGACCAAUGGCUGCGGCAACUCGUCCCUCACACCCUCUGCUAGAAUCUCAGCUCUUAAUAUCGUCGGUGAUCUCCUGAGAAAAGUCGGGGCCUUGGAGUCUAAACUCGCCGCCUGUAGGAAUUUUGCCAAAGACCAGGCAGCAAGAAAAAAUUACUCCAAAGACAACGGCACGCUCAUCAACAGCAACGCCACCAAGUUCUCUCACUCUCUACAUACCACUUACUUCGACAAAACGACUGUUAACGGAUUGGACCCCAGCUCCUUGACCUCCAUGGCGACAUCCAGAGCCGUGUCUCCACCAGGCAUGCUUCCUCUCAGUGUGUGAGAGGCCACCCCCCCCCCAUGUUGCCACACAAACCUCUACUGAAACUCCUGUCCACCCAACACAAAAAAAAAACCAGAGAGGACACUUGAAUGACCAUUACAUUGUGUGCUAUGUGUGUGUGCGUGUGUGUGUGUGUGUGUGUGAGAAAGAGCGAGUGUUUGAAAGGCAGAGUGACGUGUGAGUUUUGCCUGUUUUUGGGAUUGUGCAUUUUUGAACGUGAAGCGUUGGAAGAGGAGGCUCGACUAUACGGCGUUUGCAGCUCUAAAUGCGUCUGUGAGUAGGUGCACAGUCGUGCGCAUGUGUCCCUACCACAUACCUGCAUGUGCCUAAAGCUGUCCUGUACUGUGCUCGUAUGAAUGUCGCUGCACAUGCGUUGCUCUCUAGAUGUCUUCUCUGAAGUGACACCGUUAUAUUCUUAGUUCCUCUGUUCAUCCGAAAAGCUACUAUCCCUGACAAAAGGUCCUCAACAGACCACAGCUCCUUAACUUUUCCUCCUGUAUGUUCACUUUAAUUGCACAGCUAAACUAUUUUAAUUUAGAAUGUAUUAUUUAAGAAGGGAUAUGUUCAUAUUAUCUAAUUUAUCUCACAGUAUGCUUUAAAAUGCAAUGUUUCUUUUUUGCUAUGUUCUCGCAUGUGUGCAUAUGUGAUGCGGGGUUGGAGAGAGCGUGUAGGACCCCGUAUUCAUGACUGAAGUGAAUGUUGAUCGUUCAAAGCCAUGUAGCCAUAGUGCAGUCGUUCCUCUUGUUACUGGCUACUCACUGAAGUUGAGUUUGGAAGUAGUCUCCGUGUUAAAGCUUGGAAAUAUCAGCUGGUUCUGUCCUCUGGGUUAAACCUGCACUUCAGCUGCUCCUCACAGGUUUUUGCUGCAGUCGAGCGGACAUCCGUUGACAUUUCGAGGAAACAGUUUUGCAUUUUUUUUAAAUGUAUAACGUAUAGAUUUUUUUUUUUUUAAACUUGUGACAGGCUCAUUUUACCUCAUUUUGAUUGUGGAUUUCUAAUAUGUGUAGGCGAAUUUGAUUUCAAACUCACACAAAAAGACUGUUUGCUAACUUUGGCUGGUGUACGUGAGUUCAUGGUCCACCGUGGCCUUUGUGUCAUGCAGCACAUUUUGCUCUUAUUAUCCGUUAUUGUGUGAAGUUAAUGUUAAUUUGGCUUUGAUUUUCUUUUAGCAGGUUGGACAUUGGCAAGGCAUUCCUAAACUAAAUCCAUUUUGCCCACAUAUCUCUCCCUUUCAUAGACCUUUAUGCCACCACCUUAAGUCAAAGCCUUUUAGUAUUCAUUGUUAUUUGAUAAUCUCAGAUGUCAUUUUGGGCACUCUUAAGAGCCUGUUACUAAAGUGUGUUCUACAGUCAGUGUAUAUAGCUUGUAAGGAUGGUGAUUUUGCCUACCACAUUUGUACAUACUGACAUUUGGCAUCAAGGUCCUAUUUAUUUCAGAUUCUGUAUGGCAUGUUCAGAUAAUGAAUGGUUAAAGCCAUUGUAUUAUGAUAUCAGAUUAUUUGUCAAAGACGUUUAAGUAAAUAAAGAUUGAGAUGACAAAUA